AUGAUUACCUUGGCGCUUGCUGCGCUGGCGAGUGCCGCGUUCGUGCAUGCCGAGACCAUUGCCAACUGGGGCGUCCAAGACUACUGGGUGCACACGUCGACGUGGACGCCCGAGCACUGCCAGUGCUUUUGCGCGCGCCUCUGCUCGCACCCGACCGAGUUUCUGAAGCGCAACCUCGUCUCGUCCGGCCUCGUGCCGCGCAACAAGGACUGGACCAUACCGCGCUGCGACGCGCCCAUCAACCUCUUUAGCCCCGACGCAAUCCGAGCGGCCGGGCGAGACAACUUGGUCAAGUACUUUCCACUCACGAUGACGCGGGACCUGGACCACAUGUGGGACCCGAACGCAAUCGACCCGAUCAUGGACGUCACGAGCUUUGGGUAUCCCUGCGGCGGCCUCCACGAAGCUGCGUACCUCAAGACUGUGGUCCAAGUCGCCAAGUACAUCAAGACGCCGGCGCUCCUUCCCAACAGCAUUGGCAAAAACAUCUCCACAAAGGCAAUCCGGGAUGCGUUCAAGAAGGAACAAAAGCUCGACGUCGUCCUCCUCUGCACCAACGGCGCGUUCGCCGACGUCAUCACGUGCUGGACCAAGUCCAAGCCACACAUCUACCAGCAAGCGCAGGACGACCAGGAGAUUGCGCCGCUCUCGCCUGUGACGUGCCCGCCCGCGAUCAAGGCGCUCGACACGUGCACGGGCAAGACGUCGUACAUUUACGACUUCAUUCCAACAAAAGCACCGACACCCGUGCCGACCGAUACGCCGACGGACGAUCCCACCGACGGUCCCACCGACACGCCGACAUCGACACCGACACCCGCACCGACGUCGGACCCCGCCGUCGUCGACGCGUGGGUCGCCAAGUACACCAAGGAGCACGGCUGCGUCCUCUUUGGCGAGGAAGGCUGCGAGUACUGCGCCAAAGCCAAGGUCCUCUUCAAGUCCAAGAACGCCACCUAUAGCUACCGCGGCAUUGACGACACCUCGUCCACUCCGCUGGGCAUGGAGAUCUACUACUCGCUCGUGCGCACGACGCACCAGGACACACUGCCGAACAUCUGGAUCGGCAACAAGCAUAUCGGCGGCUACGAUGAUCUGCAGGCUCUCCAGGACAAGGGUCAGCUUGAUGCGCUUUUGUCUGCGGCAAAGUGCGUUGGUCGGCCGACUCUGCCCCCCAAGCCAACGUCCAAAGUCCCCCGCGUUCCAGCACCGACGGAUGACGGCGAAGAAGACGAUUAG